UUGCAAUUAGAAUAAAACAAUUCUCAGCUGUAUUCCCCAAUUUCAUUUAGAAGUUGAUACGCUUACAUUGGAUACGAUGAAUAUCGUAGUUCUUAAUAAAUUUUGAGAUCUUAAAAAAAAAUAUAAGCGUGAUUGAUCAAUUGAUAAAUGAAAAUGAAGCGUUCAAAAAAUGAAAUAAUAAAUGCUACGGUCGAAUCGUAUUUGAAACGACGUCAUUAUCAGCAAGCUGGUGAAUUUCUUUGUAAACCCGAUCAAUCAAUUUGCCAAACAGGCGAUGAAGUGACUCUUAGUGCAACCGUUAAGUGGGGUAUAUCUCGGGAUAAUUCAAUUGUCUUCAGUGCUAUCACUAUUGAUACAGCUGCUGCAGAUCAAGCAUACGAACGACUAAAGAUGUGGGUAAAUGUUAUACUUAAUGAUAAAUUAAAAACAGAGCUAAAAGGUCUUCUGUAUCCAGUAUUUUGCCAUCUUUAUUUAGAAAUGUUACAUGCUGGAAAUAGACAAGCUGCAGUGCAGUUUUUAAAAUCUCACCAAGGUGAAUUUAUUAGUGAAACAGAAAAGAGUUUUUUAGAAGAACUUUCCAGUGUCUUUUCUAUACAAGAUAUUGAAUUAAGACCAUUGGUAAAUGCAUUUAGAACUAGAAAAUAUAAAGUAGAUAUGUCAGAUGUAGCUCAUAUAUGCCUUCAACAAUUUCUUAAAAAACAUGGGCAUAUAACAUUAAUGCAGAUAAUAAAUACACAUGUCACUAUAAUUAAAAAGGUAGAUUCUGUUCCAAUGGAUACUGAUUCAAGUGAAAGUAGAGGACAGCGUUCUGAGAUUGGAAUUAAUGGGCAUGUAGAGCAACCAUGUGGGACUGGAGUUGAUCGUGAAAUGCGGGAACUGCAAGAGGCCAUACGACUGAUACAAAAUAAUACUUGGCAACCAUUACGCAUGUUUACUGUAAACAAUGCUAUCGAAAAUGCAAGCUGUGGUAUGGUAGCAUCUAAUUUAGAUAAAGUUGCUGUAGGAUUCAGCACUUCUGAAAUAAGAUUAUGGGGUACAAGUGAAACAGUACUAAUUAAGCCAGAUUUUAGAGAACCAUCUAUUUCACUUGCUCGUAGCGUUCCACCUUGGAGUAACUUCAGUGAAAACAAUCUCUUUAGAGAUGAAGCAGGAGCAAUAGUAUUAAGGGGACAUACUGACGUAAUACAUGAUAUGCGAUUUGUUCCAAAUGCAGAUCUUCUUUUAACAGUAUCUAGUGAUAAAAAUAUGCGGGUAUGGAGAUUGCACGAUUAUACUUGUGCUGCUAUAUAUAAUGGACACAACUAUCCUAUAUGGUGCAUGGAUACUAGUAUAUUUAAUUUGUAUAUAGCAACUGGAUCUCAUGAUAGAACAGCAAAAUUAUGGUCUUUAGAUAGAAAAUUCCCAUUAAGAAUAUUUGCAGGACAUUUUUUAGAUGUAAAUAGCAUAAAAUUUCAUCCAAAUGCUCGAUAUCUAGCAACAGGAUCUGCAGACAAAACAAUUAGAUUAUGGGAUAAGGAUGAUGCAAAUCUAUUAAGAGUAUAUGUUGGCGCUCAAUCAACUAUUUAUAGUUUAGCUUUUAGUCCAGACGGAAAAUAUUUAGCUGCUGCCGGAGAUGAUAAGUCUAUUGCAAUUUGGGAUCUAGCAACUAAUUCAUUAUUGACUGAACUUAAAGGUCAUCAAGAUACAAUCAUGAAUGUAGAUUGGAGUCUAGAUGGACAGUAUAUUGCUAGUGCCAGCGCGGAUGGCAUAGUUCGUUUGUGGUCCACACAAGAUAAUAUUUUAGUUUCUAAUAAUGGAUCAAAAACAUCAUCCAACAAAACAGAAAAUUUUCAUACAUAUUCAACAUAUUGCUCAAGUAUUCUUUCUCUUCGAUAUUAUGAAAAAAACAAUUCAUUAAUUUGUAUUGGAACUACAUAGAAAAUUUAGUAUUUUAAUAAUAACUGAAUAAAAUGACAAUAUAUGUUUCGAUUAUGUUAAAUUA